AGCGUAGUUGGAUAACGUUUCGGAAACUGGUCCGGAACCGGGCGGGCGGAGUGGCGAUAGAAUUUGCCGUUUAAUCCUACUUUGGAGACCAGAGUAGAAUGUGACUGAAAAAAUGGCUUCCUCCGUUCCCUUUCAUCAUCUCGCAUGCUGCUUUUCAGUAUCCCAGGAGAAGGAAUGCUUCCAGCAGCAACUAUGGCGGACAACAAGAGCCAGAUACUCUAGCUCUAGAAUUCGAGCGACCCAGCAAGCCGUUAAGGCCUCUUCAGUCGAAGUACCUGCCUUUCCUCUCUUUCAACCUCCCCAGCUCGAAGAAGCAGCCUCUGAGUUGGAACCAGCAGACCCCGACUUCUACAAGAUGGGUUAUGUCCGGAGCAUGCGUGCUUAUGGAAUUGAAUUCAAAGAAGGGCCUGAUGGUUUUGGAGUUUAUGCUUCCAAAGAUGUGCAACCCCUUCGUCGACCCAGGAUGAUCAUGGAAAUCCCUCUAGAGCUGAUGCUCACAGUUAGCAAGAAGCACCCCUGGAUGUUCUUCCCUGAUAUAAUACCGGUUGGUCAUCCAAUAUUCGAUAUUAUUAACUCAACCAAUCCAGAGACAGAUUGGGACCUGAGGCUGGCGUGUCUUCUUUUGUAUUCGUUUGACUGUAAAGAUAACUUCUGGCAGCUUUACGGCGACUUCUUACCUAGCACAGAAGAGUGCACCAGCUUACUUCUAGCUACUGAGGAUGAGCUUUUGGAGCUGCAAGACAAGGAUCUUGCAUCAGCUAUGAGAAAACAGCAAUCUCGAGCUUUUGAAUUUUGGGAAAAGAACUGGCAUAGUGGCGUUCCACUUAAGAUAAAGCGUCUUGCCCGUGAACCCGAGAGAUUCUUUUGGGCACUUGGCAUAGCCCAAUCACGAUGCAUUAACAUUCAAAUGAGGGUUGGCGCUCUAGUUCAAGAUGCAAACAUGCUUGUCCCUUAUGCUGAUAUGUUAAACCAUUCACCAGAGCCAAACUGCUUUUUCCAUUGGAGAUUCAAAGAUCGAAUGCUGGAAGUGAUGAUAAAUGCAGGGCAAGAAAUCAGAAAAGGAGAGGAGAUGACUGUUAACUACAUGCCGCAUCAGAAGAAUAACAUGUUCAUGGAAAGAUACGGCUUCUCAUCACCAGUGAAUCCUUGGGAUGAGAUUCACUUCUCUGGCAAUGUGCACAUUCAUUUGGAUUCCUUUUUGUCCAUCUUCAACAUAUCUGGGCUUGCUGAUGAAUACUAUCACAACGAUGAGCUAUCUGGAAGUGAGGGGAGUUUCGUGGAUGGAGCAGUCUUAGCAGCAGCAAGAACACUGCCCACUUGGUCAGACGGAGAUCUGCCCCCCGUUCCCAGCUCAGAAAGGAGAGCUGUCAAGGAACUGCAAGAAGAAUGCCGUCAGAUGCUUGCUAAAUACCCCACUACAUCCGAGCAAGAUCAGAAGAUGCUAGAUUCAAUGUCAGAACCCAGGAGAACACUCGAAGCCGCAAUCAAGUAUCGACUGCACCGGAAACUGUUCAUCAAGAAGGUCAUCCAGGCUCUUGACAUGUAUCAGGAUCGCUUGUUAUUUUAGUUUAGAUGGAUUGGACCCAGUUUUGACUUGCAUAAAACUUUUGGUACGUUUGUCUAGAAAUUAUAUGACCUCUCCUCUCCCUGAUUCCAGAGUAGAGCCACCAAGUUGUAUCCGAUCAAGGUUUUAACCGAUUCAAUCAGAAGAACCACAAUUUGCUAUCAAAUGUACCGUCCAUCUACAUGUUAUGAAUUAUGAUACUGGUGACUGGGAAAUUCUUACGUCAGGAAUGGCCAAGAACUUGGUUGCCACAAAAGCUGAUCCAAACGCUUCAUGGCUGCGUUGGCGGGAGCUUAGGCUUAGGGCGGCCUUCUCGGCCUUUUUUGUUUUAGGGUCGGGAUUAGGGACUGUAUAUGGGCGUUGGGCCGUGCUUGGGCACGCUUCGGGCCAUUUAUUUCGUGUCGUGCUUGGCACGGUUCGUCAGUUUUUGUGUCAUGCAAGCCGAUUUGUUAACUUUGCUAGGCCCGGCUCGGGCACGGUUUGAAAUUCGAAUCGUGUCGUGCCUAUUCGUGCUCGUGCCGUGCUUGUAUUCAUGUUUAAUGAAAAGGACGAAAACAAAUGAGACAAUGAAAAAGAAUGUGAAAA